GGCACAGGGCGCAGCAUGCUCGGGGCCGUCGGGAGCCUUCUGCGCCUCCGCCCGGGGCGCAUCCUUAGCUGCGUCCCGGGGGCGCCUGGAGAAGCGGCGCGGUGGCCGUUCGCGCCUCUUCGGCCUCGGGGUCUUCCCCGCUACUCCAGCGACGGGGCCCCCAGCGGCUCUGGGCCCCAAGGACCCGCAGGGAAAGUUCACAGGGUCCCCGCCGAGCACAAGCCUUCGCCAUUCGACAAGAAAAUCCUGCUGUGGACCGGACGUUUCAAAACGAUGGAGGAGAUCCCCCCUCGGGUGCCGCCAGAAAUGAUAGACGCUGCAAGAAACAGAGCUCGGGUGAAAGCAUGUUACAUAAUGAUCGGAUUCACAAUUAUCGCCUGCUUUGCGGUGAUCGCGUCAGCCAAAAGGGCUGUGGAACGACAUGAAUCCUUAACAAGUUGGAACCUGGCAAAGAAGGCUAAGUGGCGUGAAGAGGCUGCGUUGGCUGCACAGGCUAAGGCUAAAUGAUAUUCUGAAGUGUUCAUUGGAAUAUCAUCACUAUUAUCAGCAACAAUAAAAGAUAGGUAAAAUAGAAUAUCUAACAAAAUAUUUGCCAUGGUUUUAUUUUGGUGACAAGAAGUACAGAGUCUUUUAUAUUUUUGCUUUUUAGUAAACUUUUAUUGAUAGAGUGCACACAUUUAGAAAAGUGCACAAAAGUGUAUACAGCUUGAUAAAUUUGUACAUAGUGAACACACCUGCGUAACCACUGCCCAGGUCAAGAUGUAGACCAUCAACAGCACCUCAGAAGCCUCCUUUCUGCCCUCUGUCAGUCAUUACCCUUCAAAGGUAACCGUUGUUCUGAGUUUUAUCACCAUAGCUUAGUUUUGCCUGUUUUUGAACUUUAUAUAAAUGGAAUUACACAGUAUGCGGUUGUGAGUGUGGAUUCUUACACUCAACGUUAUGUUGUGAGGUUCAUCCACAAAUUAUGUGUAGCAUGAGUUCAUUCAUUUUUAUUUUGAUAGAGUAUUCCAUUGUACGACUAUGCCACAAUUUAUCUGGAUAUUUGGUCCAGUUUUUGGCCAUUACAGAUAAUGCUAAAAUGAGCACUCUGUGCUUGUCAUUAAAAUAAGGUUGAACUAAAUCACCAAUGGCUCUUUAAAAUCUAAACUAAUUUUCAGCCAAAGUAGUACUGUAUUUGGUAAUUGGUCAGUCUCUCUGGUUAUUCUUUUCAUAGUUUGCAACUAGGUGAAAUAGAUUUGAAAAGUCUUACAAAUCAAGAACUAUUAAUUUCAAAAGCUAUUCUAAAAUGAUAAAAGUUCUGAAACAGUGAUUGCAAAAGCAAUUUAAAAAAGCCAAAAACAUUAGAGAAAGAAAAAUUUUGUGUAUCAACAGUCUUCAAACUUGAGUAGGGCCCAAAGCAACUUUAAAAUUAUAUAUCUUCUCACACAUUUUUAAUUUGGCAUCUAUAUUUUUUAAAAUCAUAAACAUAAGU